CUUUUGUGUACGUGUGUAUUUUUUGAUGUGGGCAACCCUGCUGGUGGACCACGGUAUUGAUUUUAUGAGAGACGAUUCUGGCCGCUGGAAAUGUAGACUUUUUAUGUCAACAUUUAUGCUGUUUGGUUUUAUGCUAAGCUGCUGUGGAGAAACUCCCAGAUUUCCCAGAGUUCCGUGGGUCAGGGCUGCUCCGACUGCCAACACCGUGUCAUGUGGUAUUUAUAGAACCCAUGUCAACAGCUCCAGUGUGUGUGUGGAGUGUGUGUGGUGACAGCUACUGUUGGAGCGCUGCAAGACUGAAGAGAGACGUCACCGAUGAACCCACCGGCAGAAGACGACUGUUGUCAAUCAGAGGACGACGUCGAUGAAGACGAGGCCACGCAGUAUCUGAGGGAACAGAGUCUGAUCCAGUACAGGAAACGCAAAGGCCUCGGGCCAGGUGAUGGUGAACCCAGUGAAGAUCCAGAUGAGAUCUUCAAAGCCAUCAAAGACGGUGACCAGGACGUCCUCAACAGACUGACAGAACAGCCGGAGUCUCUGUCCAGACUGGACCACAGAGGAUGGACUCCCCUGCACGAGGCAGCGGUCCAGACCAGCACCAACGUUCUAGAACUCAUCUUCUCCGCAUCACCACCUGAUGCUGCUCAUUGUCGCACCCUGAAAGGUGAGACGCCUCUGUUUCUGAGCGUGGUCCAUGGUCUCAGGGACAGCGCCACCUUCCUGCUGCAGAACGGCAGCAGCCCGGACCUCCAGGACGAUGAGCAGAAUUCUCCCUUGGUGGCAGCGAUCCUGAACGAUCAGUACGACCUGGCCACGCUGCUGCUGAGGCACCGGGCCAGUGUGGACCAAACCGGGCCACUGAACAGGACCGCGCUCCACGAGUGUGCCUUCUUAGGCUUGGAGAACUUUGUCUUCCUGCUGCUGGAGUCCGGUGCCGACCCGAACGUCCGUGACAUCACCGACAGAACUCCCCUGGCUCUGGCGGCUCAGAACGGACAUUUGACCGUAGUGGAGGAGCUGCUGCAGAAAGGAGCCACAGUGUGGUGCUGUGACUCAGAGUCCCACACUGUUCUGUCGGACGCAGCCGUUUGUGGAAACCCUGACAUCGUCUCAGUACUUCUGGACCACGGAGCGGAUCCAAACACUGUUUGUGGUGGACACCUGCCCAUUCACCGUGCGGCCUACCACGGACACAGACUGGCUCUGGAGCGCCUCGUCCCAGUGACCACCAUGGAAGCUGUGAAGGACAGUGGGAUGAGUCCUCUUCAUUCUGCCUCUGCUGGGGGCCACCCCCCCUGUGUGGAGAUCCUGCUCAAGGCGGGCUACGACCCCAACUUCAUGCUGCACCCAAAGGUGCGACAGAAGUACGAUGAUGAGCGCCGCUCCGCCCUUUUCUUCGCUGUGUCCAACAACGACAUUCACUGCGCCCGUCUGCUGUUAGGAGCCGGGGCCAUGGUGAACCAGGAUCCCGUCAGCUGCCUCCAGGUGGCGCUGAGGCAGGGCAACUACGACCUGAUCAACUUACUGCUGAAAUUUGGGGCAAAUGUAAACUACUACUCACGGGUCAACACCACCCACUUCCCGUCUGCCCUUCAGUUUGCCCUGAAGGACGAGGUCAUGCUGAGGAUGCUCCUGAAUCACGGCUACGACGUCAAACGCUGCUUUGACUGUCCCUACGGAGACGGUUCCCACGGCCACGCCCCCUGGGCCACGCCCGUCAUCAAAGACACGGUGUUCUGUCAGGUGGUCUCCGUGUCCUGGCUGAGACACCUGUCUGCUCAGCUGGUGCUCAUCAUGUUGGACUACACCGACCACGUGUCCUUCUGUACCAGACUUCAGGACAGUCUGGAGGAGCAGACCCAGUGGCCGCACAUCUGUCGCAUCCAAAGAAACGCCCGCAGCUUGAAGCACCUGUGUCGUCUGAGGAUCAGGGAGCGUCUGAGCAGCCUGCGCCUCAGGUCCCCCUGCUUCAUCAACUUCCUCCCCCUCCCCCCCAGGCUGAAAGACUACCUGCACUACAAGGAGUUUGAUGUUUACGGCAGGGGCAGCACGGCGGGGGGGCAGGGGGUGUGAAGCAGCGCUGCUGCUUUUUAUAACUGCAGGAAACAGUGUGUGUGUGUGUGUGUGUUCAGUGGUCAAGUAUGAUGUGAGGCAAAAAAAAUGCAGCUAAAGUUCAGUUUCACCAACAAGUGAUUACAGGCUCGUAACAAUUAAUAAAUGAAUUCAUUAAUAACCAACCUUCUCCUGACCCCUCCCUGACAGGUCAGUACAGGACAGGACAGGUCAGUACAGGACAGGACAGUACAGUACAGUACAGGA